AUGGAUCACUUAAAAGGGAUAAAAGUGAUUGAACUUGAAGGUCUCGCCCCGGUUCCGUUCUGCGGCCAAAUCUUGGCUGAUUUUGGAGCUGAUGUUACUGUCGUCAAGGUAAAAUUAUGUUAACAUAAAGUAUAAAAUUGGUAAAAUUAUGAUAACUACAAGAAAAGUUUUCAAUAUUUUUUAUAAGACGAGGUGUUAAUUUCGAAAUAUAAAUUUUACGGUGUAUAGUGCUCCUUAUUAGCUUUAAUUUUAAACGUAACAAAAAAUUCUUGUCAAUAAUGUCAAUAUAAUAGUACCUGUAUUUAGGAUACUUUCAAAUCAAAGCAAUUAAAAAAGUAUAACAUAUUAAUUAUUUUUUGUAAAGCAUGAUUCUAUCUAACGUACACAAGCAAUUUUUAGAAAAAGACAAAGAACGUGGAAACAAAAUUUUGCCGAAACAAAAAAGUAAACAGUCUGGACUACAAAUCUGAUCUCCAUCAGCUCACAAGACUGAUUCUAGAUUCAGAUGUGCUUUUGGAUCCGUUUAAACCUGGUGUUCUUGAAGCCAUCGGUCUCGACCCAAUCCAGCUUCUUCAGUUAAAUCCACGGUUGAUAGUGGCUAGGAUAACAGGCUACGGCCAGACUGGUGCGAUGGUCCAAAAAGGCGGUCAUGACAUUAACUAUGUGGCCAUGUCAGGGGUUUUGCCUUUAAUCAGCGGACAAAACAAUCCUUGGCCGCCAGCCAACGUCUUGGCCGACUUUGCCGGAGGUGGUUUAACUGGUGCUUUUGGAAUAUUGGCAGCUGUGGUUAAGAGACACAGCACCGGUACUGGGGGAGUUGUAGAUGUGAGUAUGACUGAAGGGGUGUCUUACUUGGGGAGUAUGUUGUUUGAAUACAAAGGGAACGAGGUAAUGUGGAAAAAGGAAGCUGGACUAUUCACUGGAAGUUGCCCUAUUUACAGGUAAGUUUGUAUUAGUAAUAGGUCGAUUUAAUUUUUUACUGUAUAUGUAAUAUCUACGUUUUUCAGGACAUAUAAAACAAAAGAUGACAAGUUUAUGGCCGUUGGGGCAUUGGAACCUAAAUUUCAUCAAGCCGUUUUCAAAGGUACUGCUUGAAGUUUUUGAAAUUUGUUUGCACUGUAAUAAAUACGACACCUAUAGCUACUGUAAAUUUUUUUACUUUUUUGAUGACAUUGCGCAAUAACUGUCUUUUUAGUGUUGUCAGUUGACCCAGCUCUAGUUGGUGCUCCUGAAGAGUUAACGAAACAAAUGGAAACUAAAUUUGCAUCCAAAAGUCGAGACGAAUGGGUAAAAGUGUUCAAAGGUAAUUUCUUUAUAAACUUAAUAUGUUAUUCUAAUUAUUCCGGGCUUCCUUAAAAAUUAAAAAAAAAUAUUUUGAACGUAGGGAGCACAGAAUUAGUUGAACAAUACUGAAUCAGUAUUAUUUUUUAUUCGUUAACCUGAAAAUUUCAUAUUUUAAGACUAGUCAUUUAGAUCUUGAUGCUUGUGUAACACCUGUCCUUGAUUUGGAAGAAGUUGCGACCUCAGAGCUACACAAGUCUCGAAACAAUUUUAAAAACAAUGAAUCCAUGGCACAGCCAGCUCCUAGAAUACACAGUUUAGAAGAUUUGAAGAAGUUAAACGCCAAAUUAUAG